AUGGUGCGCAUCCUUAACGCUCAGUGUGUUUUCAUCUGUCUCUGUGUGUUGUACACUAACUCGUUCAGUGUAUCAGCUGUUGAGGAUGCGACGAUCACCGCUACAUCACAGUUUGGACGCAAAGAUGCCGUCCGUACCGAAAAUCGCCAGCUCUACGCGACGGAGCUCUCAAAGGAUAUGAAACGGCGCUCCGUUGACGAGAUGAAAGAAGCGACGCAACGAAGCCAUGAAAGCGCAGAGGAAGAUGACUUGACGGAACCAGCCAUCAUCAGUUUGGAAGAACCUAUUCAAGAUGCCAUGGGGGCAAUCACUAAAAUGGUCCUACCGUUUGCUAUGGAGUUGGCAUACGACCCGAGGGUCUCGCACGAGUGCAUGUCGAGUCUCAUGAGGCUGGGAAAGGCGCUUUCCACCUACGACGUUUGGGCAAUGCAGAUGGUCGAUGCCAUCGGAAAAAUUCCAACGGGCCUGUUCGAAGGCACGACCGCUGCUUUAGGGUCGUACGAUCAGUGUCUCAAUGUAGUUGCACAGAGCCCAUCGGAGACAAAGGCAGCCUUCCAUGGCCAGUACUGCAGCAUGUUUCUCAAGAUGUUGAAUAACCCGAUUGAAGACAAGCUAGUCACAAAAAUCCUAGAUGCCAUACCCUUACUGAAGCACAUCGUGAAAAACGCUACCCGCGUGAAAGAGCUGCAAGCUGAAGAUUACGUUCUGGGCGUGAGGCUUGGAGCCUGUAUUCCCUCCACGUGCAACGAAAAGGAAUUGCAACACAUGGUCGCCAAAGCUAUCCGAAAGUACGGCGGAGUAGCAACAGUGUCCUCCUGCAAAGUGAAGUCUCCCGUCGUCUUCAGCAAAGUUCAGAUAGCAAUGAUAUCCUUGGUAUCGUGCAUAGGCCUAAUCAUCCUGAUUUCGUCAGCCGUGGACACGUAUUUUAGGUAUAAGAAUGAGAUCACGGCGAAAGGCAGACAGCCAGGAUUUCCAGUCAGACUUCUAUUAAGUUUUUCGGCCGUGACAAAUACAGGCAAGCUGUUCAAAACGUCCGUGGAAAAAGACUCCUUGAGGGCAAAGCAACAGUGCAUCCACGGAAUGCGAGUAUUGGGUGCAAUGUGGGUUAUGCUCAUUCACACCUAUAUCCUGGUCGAACCAACCACCAUAGGACGUGGUUUCAGUUUCCUGGAAAUGCUCAUGCAGCCCUCAUUUUCAGUCAUCUCAAACGGAUUUUUGAGCGUGGAUAUUUUCUUUCUUCUAAGCGGCUUUAUAGUGACACAAGUCAUACUCUCCGUAAGCGCAAAAGCCAAAUCCAGCUUCCUGUUUGGUAUCACCCUCUACGCUAGGUACAUCAGAUUAGCACUGCCGUGCCUCUUCCUGGUUGGCAUCGUGUUCGUGUUUCCGCUCUUAGUAAGCGGCCCCGUCGCAGAUCAACUCAUGCACGGCCUCAUAGGCCCGUGUCAGAGACACUGGUGGGACGUCCUCACAUUCACGACCACCUUCAGGUCACUCAGUGAAAUGUGCGCGCCCCACUUAUGGUACGUCUCAGCCGACUUCCACAUGUACAUCCUCUUCCUGGUCUUCAUAAUUUCAUUGAGGAGACGACCCUCCAUUGGACUGGCGGGAACAGUUUUGCUUGCGCUGCUGAGUUGCAUCGGAAUAGCUUUUCAGACGUACUUCAGCGACCUGCAGGCGUUCCCCCAUCUUAAUAUUAACAUCAACCAAACCAUGGACACAUUCGAGAAAGUGUUCUUCAAGCCCUACUGUCAUGUGGCACCGUUCGCCGUUGGAAUACUCGUUGCGUACGCUUUCAUGGAGUGGCCACAACACAAACUUAGCAUCACUCAGCAGUUGACUGGCUGGAUUGCGGCCCUAGCAGUCGCCUGUACAAUACUCUUUGGUGUGCAUCGCUGGAGUGCUGGAUACGAAUAUUCCCCUCUUCUGGGAAGCCUGUACGCUGGCUUUGGUCGCCUAGCGUGGAGCGUAGCAGUCGCCUGGGUCCUGUACGCAUGCUGUACGGGCAACGGAGGACUGGUGAACGCGUUCCUGAGUCUCAAGGGAUUUGUGCCCUUCAGCAGGCUAAGCUUCAGCGUCUACCUCGUGCAUAUGCUCGUCCUUAUUGUCAAGCCUGCGAUGACGAGGGUGCCUCUGGAGUGGACGCACUGGACACUGGUGAAGGACUAUCUGGGAUGUUCGGUGCUCAGCUUCAUGUUCGCCUACCUCUUCUACAUAUUCUGCGAAGCACCGUUGUCCAAUAUGGAUAAGCUCGUAAUGAUGAAGCUCUUCGAAAAGAAGAUGGCUAGUGUGACGGGAGGCAGCACCGAAACGUCCCGAAACGAGAAGGAUACUCAACCUGGAUUACGGACAGUUGAGCAAGUGUUUGUGGUUAGCGACAAGAAUACACCUCUGUCAUCCAAGCUGUAAGAAGUUGGGAAGAUCUCAAGACCUUAAGCGCCAUCAGCUGAGAGCUGUUAUCUAGUCAAUCUCCCGGUUGGAAGCCAUCGAGCCACACACACUGCC